AUGAAUUUUGUUCGACGAUCGCAAACCUUGAUUGCCAAAACACCUACGCGAUCGCUCCAACUCCGUUCCACCUCCCAGUUUUCUCUCAUCCCCUUCAUCAUGGGCGCACGGAAACUUCACGGCGACCACAAGCACGGUGGCCUCGGCCAUCACCACCACCACCACGACAAUGCCUACCUAACCUCUGGAAAUAAAGCCGACGCCGGCGUCCGCAUCACGAGAAUAGGCCUUUAUUCCAACCUCGCCAUGGCGAUCGCAAAGGGCGUCGGCGGCUACAUGUUCCAUUCCCACGCCAUGGUUGCGGAUGCUUGGCACAGCGUGACCGACCUCGCGUCCGACAUUCUCACUCUCGCGACCGUCUCGUGGAGUUCCAAGGACCCCUCGACAAGAUUUCCUUCUGGUUACGGCAAGGUCGAAAGCUUAGGUUCGCUUGGCGUGUCGGGCAUGUUGCUCGCCGGCGGCCUCAUGAUGGGCUGGAGCAGCACGUUCGCGCUCCUCACACAGCUGGGCAUCGACCCCUCGUUUGUCGGAGAGCUCGCGCAUCACGGUCACAGCCACAGCCACUCCCACGCUGGCGUCCCUAGCAUGCAUGCCGCCUGGCUUGCUGCGGGCACCAUUCUCGUCAAGGAAUGGUUAUAUCGAGCCACCAUGAAGGUCGCCGUCGAACGCCAAUCGUCUGUUCUUGCAUCAAACGCCAUCCACCAUCGCGUCGAUAGCUGGACCGGCGUCGUCACCCUCGUCGCCGUUGUCCUUGCCAAUUUUAUGGAAAAUGCCGCCUGGCUUGAUCCUGUCGGUGGACUACUCAUCUCCUUGCUCGUCAUCAAGGCGGGCGCCGAGAACACGGUUUCGGCCAUUAGCGAACUUAUCGACCGGGGCCUUGAUGACGAGACAAAGAGCACGGUCAAGAGGCAAGUAAGCAAGGCGCUGGAAACUAUAACCGAAGGCCACGAAGUCGAGGUUCGGAGAGUCGCGGGUACGAAAUCGGGCCAGAACCUCCUCAUCGACCUGGAGCUUGCUGUCCCCGGAGCCUGGACCGUCGAGGACGUACGCGAGGUCGAGAAUGGAGUGAGGGAGCGGAUUGGUUCCCGAAUUCGAGGAGCUAGGAGGGUACGCGUCCGAUUCGUUUCGCGAGACGCGGCGACGACAGACGGGUUUGACGAGUUUGUCUCGGGCGAGGUCAGCCCCGAAAUGGUCGAAUCCGAGGCCGAAGAGGAGGCUCAUGAGCAUGACCAUACGCACAGCCAUUCGCAUACCAACGGCAAUGCCAACGGUAAUGGCAAUAGCCAUGCGAACGGCAAUGGUAAUGCCCGGAGGCGGCACUGA